AUGGGAGUCUCAUCCAUCCGUCACCAUAAAGACGACCAGUCACAACGACACAAAUUCAGAUUCAAGAUAAUAUCUGGUGCAAGAAGAUGUCAUCCCAUCGAGAAGCCUUUGGUCAGAAUCGGUGGUUCGGAAGAAGGGGAAAUCACUCCUUCAGUUGGACGUUCGCCGAGCGGCACCAUCGCCGGAAUUUCAGAGACCUGUUCCUUACAGUCGGAGCUUCCGCCUUUGAAUUUGCCGUCGGUCAUUCAAAACACCACUUUGAAAAGCGGCGAAACACAAGCCGAAAACCCUCAGCUCAUCAUUGAAGGUGACAAAAUCACAUCCCUACACGUGGCGAACCAAUCUCCCAUUGGGCCAAAAAACCACAUUCUGCUUGGGCCUAAUCCGCAGGUACCAUUUCCCAAUUUCGCUGAACCUCUCAAUCAACAGACGGGCCCAUUACCUCUUUAUACCUCAACCCCCAUUUUUCAGCCCGCCUCAACUCCCUCGUCCCAAAAUCAGCCCAUCAAACCAAAAUCCCAGCCCACGGGACAUAAGCCCACCUCCAUACUUAAUCACCCCACACAGCCCGCCAUCACCCAAACACCUCCUCAGGCAGCCUCCCUUGCCGUCACCACCACCAAGCCAUCUGACACAGGCCACCGGAAUGUCGCCGACGCCGCUUCACUUACGGCCGGAAUUCUCGGACCUCGGCCUAUGUCACCUCCUCCUUACCGCGGGUCCGAACUCGUCGACCGCAAUUCAUUUUCCCGGACAUUCCCCGAAUGGGCCUCCUCCGACGAGCGCCUCAUCGGCCAACCCUACUGCAGCCGGACCAAUUCCGGCCACCUCCAAUGGCCCGAUUUCCUUCCGGGAUGCUAUUACCGGGAGGAGAGAUGGCGGCUCAAAUACCCCGCGGCCGGCAACAACGGAGUUUAUCUUUGA